AUGGGCAUCAAGAAGCCAUCAAAAAGCAAACUCAAGCGAUUGGAGAAACGAAAGGCUCUUCAAGAAGAACAAGAACCUACUGAGGCUGUUGAGCAAGCUAUUGUCGAGGAAGAGGUGGAAGACGACGACGAAGAAGCACCGAUCGCUGUUCCUUUAGACGACGAGGCCGAAGAAUCUGAAGACGAUCAGGAGGACGAGGACGAGGAAUCCGAAGAGGAAUUGGAAGAGGAAUUGGUCGAUCAAACACAACGCCCUAAGCGAGAGAAACGUCAACCGAUCAACAACGAGGCUGAAUUGCAGCGACUGACCGAAGAGAUCAAGCUCAAGAACUUGCCAUGGAUCGAAACGUUGACUGUGACAUCCUCAGAGCCCCUUGUGAUUGAAGAUAUCAAAGACGAUAUGGCACGUGAAUUGGCAUUCUAUCAACAAGCUCUCGAAGCAGCUCAGAUUGCCAGAGACAAGAUCAUUGAUGCUGGUGUCCCCUUCUCACGACCCGAUGAUUACUUUGCAGAGAUGAUCAAGAGUGAUGAGCAUAUGGCUAAGAUCCGUCAACGACUGGUGAAUGAAGACGCUCGAGUUAAGGCCGCAGAAGAUGCCAAAUUGCAACGCAAGCUUAAGAAAUUCGGCAAGAAGGUGCAAGUUGAGAGGCAAUUGCAACGACAAAAGGAGAAAUCCGAAACGCUGGAGAAGAUCAAGUUACUCAAGCGAAAACGGAAAGAUGGUGGCGGUGAUCUCACAACCAACGACGAUUUCGAUAUUGCAUUGGAAAGUGCUACGACUCCCAACAAAAAGCAAAAGACUGGUGGCAAGAUGGAAAAGAGCAAGAAGCGACAAAGCAAGGAUGCCAAGUACGGCAUGGGUGGAAGGAAAAGAAAUAAGAAGUCGAACACUGCUGCAUCAUCUGCUGAAUUGGGUGGCUACAACAAGAUGAAGGGCAAACCAUUAUAUCUAGGCAAGGGCAAGAAAUCCAAAAAUUAG